AUGCUUAAGAAAUACAGCAACUACUCCCAGGAAGUCCCAGAUAUACCUCUUAAGCAGAAUGAGGAUCAAGCUUCUGACUUGGCUCCCCCAUCACUUGACAGAACUGUUGAGUUGACGUCUCUCUUUCUAGGACUGAGAAAGUCACUUCUUUUGGAUAGUCACAUUGAACCGGCAUCAACGAUGCCCAAAAAGGUCCCUAUGACCUGUGUUAAGGAAGGUGGCAGGAACUCGCUGGAUAUGGAGUCUAAUUCUGCCUAUUCGAAAGAGGACCUCAACCAACUGGCGAAAAGUUUGAACUUUGGUAUUAAUAGAGAGUCCUAUGAAUAUAAUCAAGACACUGCUGGACAGAUUAACUUGAGAAGCUUUUCACCCCAAAUCCUUGAAAGGGCAAAACGAGUGAAGCUAAUGUUUUCCCUUUUUUACUGGAAUUUGGAAAGAAGUCUAGAGAUACACAUGCCAUUGGAAGACAAUCCCAACAAAUCUCAAUUGCCAGGUAUUGAUGGUGUUUUUAACCCUCUUCAAACGAUAAGGAACCGAUCCAUCAGGCGAAAGCAGCAUUAUAAGAUUCAGGACCUGGGAUUCAAAGCAUUACCUCUUCCAAGUCAAGCAUUCAGUAGAAAGGGAAAGAAGCACAAGUCUGGAAACAAAUCUACGAGGUAUUUCAAGUGGGAAAUUCCGUUGAAAGAACUAAUUAUUGAUAUGAAUUGGAAGCUAGAGAAUUGGCAUUUGCUGAUAGACCCAUCGGGAGAGCUUUGGUUUGAACACUCAGAGCUCCCCGAUGGUCGUCUGCAUCAUCGUCUUCAUUACAAAAGACCUCAUCUUAGAAAUCAUAAACGAUACAAAAAGUUAUUUGAAGAUUACAAAGAAGAUUUGGACGAUGACUUAGCAGACCCUUUUAAUUUGUCGUUGGACAAAGUCCAUACAAAUGGAUCUGUGUCUAUGUUGACCACUGGUUCCUACGAUGAUGGUGACUCCAUUAGAACAACCAGAACCAAUGAUGAACUGAAGAAAAAAACUUCGGAACUUGAAAAAUCUGCUAGCGACACUGCUUCCUCUUAUAUGCCUUCAAGGCUGGCUAAAAUGCCUGGACGAUUCUUCAAAAAGAAACAGCAACCAAACGUCGCCGUCGCCAACGCUACUAAUCCCGACACCAGUCCAAGUUUUGAUUCAGAAUCUACCCAUCAACCAGAGCCCUAUUAUGCAGAGCUACCUAAAGUUGUCAUCGAAGAGGCAAGUAUAGGAGAUGAGGCUCCUAGGAGUGACUUUGGUAGCUAUAGUUGGAAUCGUACGAAGUUUGAACCUCUAAAAGUUGGUUCAGAAGAAGAUCUUCAGACCUCCUCAAGUACUUCCAUGAUCGAAAGACACUUUACCAACGUAGAUGAAAAGAAAGACUCCACAGUGUCUCUGGAACAGCAUUUCAGUUCGGAUUCCUUACCCAGACGAACUUCCCUGGUAGAUGACCAAGAAGAACAGAUUUUGAAAACUUGCUACCAACGACUUCGAAAAAUGGACAUCCUUAUUGUUCUUGGUGAAGUCCAUAUGUCGCACAAAGCUUCAAGCCUGACCCAGUUCAUUCAAACGAGGGCAGAUCAACUCCAGGAAAAAACGGUAAACUUGAACACUAGUUUCAGCCGUCUGGAAAAUGUCGAAUUGAAAGAAUACGAUGACAGGUUUCAUCCCAUUUACCAAAAGGCCAUAGAAUACAGAAACUUCGUAGAUAACGAUUACUUCAACAAACUUGAUCAAAUGAUGGCAUUAUCAGACAGAAUGAUCGGAGAAAUCAACACUAGUGUCACACUUGAUAUUAGAAAGCUCAACGAUAGGAUAGACAAGUUAAAUCAAUCAACUUCUCUCAUGGCAACCAAGAGCCGCUUUGAUUUGAGAAAGAUUGGUUACAAGCUACUAGAAAACCUUAUCGUUCUCCUCUUUUGGCUCAUUUGGGUCAUAGUGUCAGCCUAUAGAAUUGUCAAGAUAGUUCUUAUCAUGGGAAUUCGUUUCAUUAGCUGGGUACUUUCUGAUUAG